AGCAGCUCCCUUGGGCCAGCUCUGCGACUCUCGCUAGAAAGCCUUCUCUCAGUUCGAAGGGCAUUUUCGUAUAAGCGGGAUUAUUUCUCGAGUUAUCAACAAGAAAAACACCAACUAUACGUAAAGGCGGAAAAAAAAUUUGACACGAAGGUCGCCCCUUUCAAUAACAAACCAAAACGAGAACACACAUAUAUAAUAUCGCAGGGAAGAGGCGCCACAGACAAGAUGUUCUAAAACGUUUAGGGGGGGGAGUGACACAGGAUUAUCAAGGACUAUAACUUUUUAUGCGAUUCGCGAUCUGGGCUUGCUGAACUUUCUUCUCCUGUUGUUCAAUUUUCAGCGGCCGGGAUUUGUCGUGCCGAUCUGUUUCUUCACUUCGCUAAUUUUCUUGAUUUGUGUUCUAUGUUUUCUUCUGAAUUUUUGGACUUUAGGGUUUUGAACUUGGGCGCCAAUUGAGGAGAGCUGAAGCAUUUGCAGUAUGAGCAUCGACAGCCCCGGGACAGGGGAGAAUUAGGGUUUCGAGCUUCCAACAAGACGUGAGACUUCCAUGGGCGAUGGAGGCGUCGCAUGCAUGCCUUUGCAGCAGCAGCAUAUUAUGGAGAGAUUGCCGAAUGCAGAAAAAACGCUUUGCGGAGGCACAAAUGGGAAUGGUUUCAAUUCUAAGUUGCUCAAGUUUGCUGACAGUGAUCGGAAGAAGAAGAUGAAGGCGAAGAAAGAAGAACCAGCAAAGAAAUUUCAGGUGGAAAGAAGUGAAUUGGUAUCGGAUGGGGGAGACAAGAGCAACGAUGAACUUGAGAAUGACGAAACAUACGUGGAAAAGGUACAAAAAGAAGAGAUGGAAGAGGGUGAAUUGGGCACUAUGAAGUGGUCAAGAAAUGACCUGGAAAAUGGAGAAUUUGUGCCAGAGAAGCCACGGAGAGGUGAAAUGGAGAAUGGAGAGAUUGUUACUGGGAAAUGUAAAAAAGGAGAGCUGGAGAAGGGAGAGAUUGUUUAUGGAAAAUGGAGAAGAGAAGAUGUGGAAAAGGGAGAGAUAGUUCCGGAGAGGAGCAGGAGAGGAGAGGGUGAUAAAGGGGAAUGUGGCUUGGGUAAAGGUAUUAUAGACGACAUUGAGAAGGGAGAAAUUAUUCCUGAUAGAUGGCAUCGAGGAGAAGUUGGAAAGGAUGAUUAUGCUUACGGCAGAAUGCGCAGGUAUCAAUCAGGCAGGGAGAAAGGGUGGAAAAGUGAACGUGAACGCACGCCACCUUCUGGAAGAUAUACAGGAGGUGAUUAUAUUAGAAAGAAAGAAUUUAAUAGAAAUGGGAGCCAGCAUGCCAAGAGUGCUCCUCGAUGGGAGAGUGGGCAAGAGAGGAAUGUAAGGAUUAGUUCAAUGAUCGUGGAUGAGGAAAAAAAUGAACAUAGCAAUGGGAGGAACCAUGCUCGGGAAUACUCUGUGAGUAGUCGGUUGAAGCGGCAUGGUAAUGAUUCAGACAGCAGUGAGCGCAAGCAUUAUGGAGAUUAUGCUGGCUUAAAAAGUCGAAGGCUUUCUGAUGAAAGCUGCCGCCCUCUUCAUUCAGAGCACCAUUCUCAUCGCUCUGUCGAGAGGUCUUUUCGAAAUUCUUCAUCAAAAAUAUCAGCAGACAAGUAUUCUCGGAAUCAUGAAUCUUCUUUACCUACCAGGACAACUCAUGACAGGCAUGGACGUAGCCCUGGUCAUUCUGAGCGAUCUCCACGUGAUCGUUCCAGGUAUUAUGAUCAUAGAGAUCGUACUCCAGUUCGUCGUGACAGAUCCCCACAUGGGCGUGAUAAAUCUCCAUAUAUUCGGGAGAAAUCCCCCCAUGGCCGUGACAGAUCUCCAUAUAUUCGAGAGAAAUCACCCCAUGGUCGUGAGAAGUCGCCAUAUGAAAAGAUUUGGGAUAGAAGCCGGUACAAUGAUCAUAAAAUAAGAAGUCCAACUCAUGCUGAGUCCCCACAAGACAGACGUCGGCAUCAUGAUCGUAGGGAUCAGACACCAAAUUUGGGUGAACAACCCCCCUUAGAUCGACCUAGGCUAAAUAGCAUUCGAGAAAACAAUUCUAAAAUGAUAUCAAGUGAAAAGCAUCACUCACCGCAUAGUUGCAAAGAUCAUGAGGAUAAGCACAUGCAUAGGGAGUCAGAUUGUUCUGGUACAGAUUCUCAUGGUGAAAAGAAUUUGCCUGAUGUAAAUGGGUCUAUUGAGAGAGACAACAGUGAGAAGCCUGGAAAGGAAAAGCAGUCCUGCAGCCCUACUGUAAGCUGCAAAGAAUCUCCCUGCAUUGAGCUACUUCCAGAAGAGCUGCCUUCAAUGGAGGAAGAUAUGGACAUUUGUGAUACUCCUCCACAUGUUCCUGUGGUGUCUGAUUCGUCUUUGGGGAAAUGGUUUUAUCUUGAUUAUAGUGGUGUAGAGCAUGGGCCUUCGAAAUUAUCUGACAUCAAGGUUCUUGUUAAUGAGGGCAUACUGAUGUCUGAUCAUUUUGUCAAGCACCUAGAUAGUGACAGGUGGUUAACAGCUGAGAAUGCAGCAUCACCAUUGGCAACACAUGGUUUUCCAUCCAUUGUGUCGGACUGCAUAACUCAGCUUGUAAGCCCUCCAGAAGCUCCUGGUAAUCUUUUGGCUGAUACUGGAGAUAUCCUUCUAUCUGGACCUGAGACUUUUCAGCAGAUGCCAGCUCCUUUGCUGCGGCCAAUAUGCCCUGAUGACAUUGUGGUUUUAUCUGAAACUUUAGAGGAAUUCCGCAUUGAUGAAAGGGUUGGAGUUUUGUUAGAGGGUUAUGAUGUAAUUCCUGGGAGGGAGCUUGAAGCAAUAAAAGAAGCUUUGCAAAUGAAUUUUGAAUAUGCGAAUUGGGAGGGAUUGGGUGACUAUGAAGGCUUUCCUUGGCAUGAUAAUUUUCCGAGAGAAGAAUGUGAUUCAAGAACUGAUUUUGCAUCAAGGGACCCUGACAGUCAGUCAAGCGUGCUCUUUGACAAGGACAACGGAGUUGCCUUUGGUGAUUGGUUUUCUGGCCGAUGGUCAUGCAAAGGUGGUGACUGGAAGAGGAAUGAUGAUGUUCAAGAUAGAUCUUCUAGGAAGAAACUUGUCCUAAAUGAUGGGUUUUCAUUAUGUGAAAUGCCUAAAUCUGGAUGUGAAGAUCCUCGCUGGCCUCAAAAGGAUGACUUGUAUUAUCCUUCUCAAAGCAGGAGGCUUGAUCUCCCUCUUUGGGCCUUUUGUGCUGAAGAGAGGGCUGACUGUAGCACUGCAAGCAGAACAGCUCAAACUAAAUCCUUUUUGGCUAGAGGAGUAAAGGGAAAUGUUCUUCCAGUGGUAAGAAUAAAUGCUUGUGUGGUCAAUGACCAGGGAUCAUUGGUUUCUGAGCCACGACAAAAAAUCCGAGUUAAGGACAGACAUCAUUCAAGGUCUACUCGCCCAUUCUCUUCAAGCAGUGAUAGCAAGAGAUCAUCAAUUGAAGAGGAUUCUCAGUCAAAAGCCAUUAGUGAUCAAAUUUCUUGCCUGAACACGGAAAUUGUCAACACUUCCAAAGACCGUCUCUGUACAGUCCAUGACUUACAGUUACAUUGGGGUGACUGGUAUUAUCUUGAUGGUUCUGGGCGCGAAAGAGGGCCUUCAUCAUUUUCAGAGCUUCAGGCUUUAGUAGAUGAAGGAAUUAUAAAAAAACAUAGCAGCGUUUACAGGAAAUGGGAUAAACUAUGGGUUCCUGUUACAUCUGCUGCAGAAACUUCUGAUGCCAGUCUCAAAUGCCACCAAGAAAGUAGCUCAACAGCUGGAAAAUGUUCUGGACUUCCAUUGUUGCAAACUCAAGUUGUGUCAUUCAAUGAACCUUGUACAAAUAUCAGUUUGUUAGACCGUCUGCAUCCUCAGUUUAUUGGUUAUACUCGUGGGAAGCUACAUGAAUUGGUAAUGAAAUCAUAUAAGAGCCGGGAGUUUGCUGCAGCUAUAAAUGAGGCUUUGGAUCCCUGGAUCAAUGCAAGACAACCAAAGAAAGAGAAUGAAAAGCAAUUAUAUUGGAAAUCAGAAGGUGAUGCACGUGCCGCCAAAAGAGCUCGUAUUCUGGUUGAUAGUACUGAAGAAGACAGUGAUAUGGAAGAUGGUUUGACUGUCCUGAGGAAUGAAUCCACUUUUGAUGACCUAUGUGGUGAUGCUGCUUUCCAUGAAGACGAAAGUGGUACAGCUGAUUUUGAAGUGGGGAGAUGGAGCUUGUUGGAUGGUCAUGUGUUGGCACGAGUUUUCCACUAUUUAAGAUCUGAUUUUAAGUCCCAUGUGUUUGCUUCGUUGACUUGCAAGCAUUGGAGAGCUGCUGUCAUGUUUUACAAGGAAGUUUCAAGAGAGGUCAAUUUGACAUCCUUGAGUCAUUCUUGUACUGAUUCUAUACUGUGGAGCAUUAUGAAUGGAUAUGAGAAAGACAAGAUCAAAUCUAUGAUUCUAAUUGGUUGCACCAGCAUUAGUGCGGAAAUGCUUGAGAAGAUUCUUCUUUCUUUUCCUUUUUUAUCUGCAAUAGACAUUAGAGGAUGCAGCCAGUUUAAUGAGUUGACUUCUAAAUUUCCCAAUGUGAAAUGGAUCAAGGGCCGAAGUUCACGCAUAAGCAAAACAGCAGAAGAGCCACAUAAAACUAAAAGCCUUAAACAGAUCGCUGAGCUAACUGCAUCUGUUUCCAAGACCAGCAAUCUAGGUGCCAUGGAUGAUUUUGGUGAACUGAAGGACUAUUUUGAUAGUGUGGAUAAGAGAGACACAGCAAAGCAAUUAUUCCGUCGAAACUUAUACAAGAGGUCCAAACUGUAUGAUGCCAGAAGGUCCUCUUCCAUUCUAUCUAGGGAUGCUCGUACCAGACGAUGGGCAAUUAAGAAAUCUGAAAAUGGUUAUAAAAGGAUGGAGGAAUUUAUUGUUUCUAGUUUGAGGGAAAUUAUGGAGGAAAAUCCCUGUGACUUUUUCGUGACCAAGCAGGUUGCCGAAAUCGAAGCUAAAAUGAAAACUGGUUAUUACAGUGGUCGGGGGUUGAGCUCUGUCAAGGAGGACAUCAGCCGGAUGUGUCGUGAUGCAAUAAAAGCAAAGAAUCAUGGUGAUGCUGGUGAUAUGAACCAUAUUGUUACGCUAUUCAUUCAGCUUGCAACACGGUUGGAAGGAAGUUCCAAGUCUCUGAAUGACAGAGAUGCAUCACUGAAGCUUGGGGAAAAUGACUCACCAUCCUUGUUUAGUUCAACUUCCUCAAAGUAUAGGAAGAAUAAAUUGGUCUCUGAGAGGAAGUAUAAGAGUAAUGGGGCACGUAGUAGUUUAGAUAAUGGAGGCUAUGUCUCUGAUAGAGAAAUUAGGAGACGUUUAUUAAAGUUGAAUAGGAAAUCUUUUGAUUCAGAAGGUGAAACAUCUGACGACCUUGACAUUUCUUCUGAAGACAGCAAGAGUGACAAUGAAACCACAACCUCUGACAGUGAAAGUGACCAAGAAAUCCAUUCAGAAAGUCGAAUUGCGGAGUCAAGAGGAGAUGGACACUUCAUGCCUGAUGAGGGUUUGGAUUUCAUAACUGAUGAUCGUGAAUGGGGUGCUCGUAUGACAAAAGCAAGUCUAGUUCCUCCAGUUACCCGGAAAUAUGAAGUCAUUGACCAUUAUGUCACUGUAGCUGAUGAGGAGGAUGUGCAGAGGAAGAUGCGGGUUUCAUUACCAGAUGACUAUGCAGAAAAACUGAAUGCACAAAAAAAUGGCACUGAGGAGUCAGAUAUGGAACUUCCUGAAGUCAAGGACUACAAACCAAGAAAACAGCUUGGAGAUGAAGUUAUUGAGCAAGAAGUUUAUGGAAUUGAUCCUUAUACGCACAAUCUUUUGCUCGAUUCUAUGCCAGAGGAGUUAGAUUGGACUCUUCAAGAGAAGCAUGUGUUUAUAGAAGACAUGCUCCUUCGGACUUUGAAUAAGCAAGUUAGGCAUUUUACUGGAACGGGAAGCACUCCAAUGAGCUACCCUUUGCUGCCUGUUAUUGAUGAAAUUAAGAGGCUUGCUGAGGAAGACUGUGAUGCGAGGAUGGUUCAAAUGUGUCAGGGUAUCCUAAAAGCCAUAGAUAGUCGCCUGGAUGACAAAUAUGUAGCUUAUAGAAAGGGCCUUGGUGUUGUCUGCAACAAAGAAGAAGGAUUUGGCGAAGAUGAUUUUGUUGUGGAGUUUCUGGGAGAGGUUUAUCCUGUGUGGAAGUGGUUUGAGAAACAAGAUGGAAUACGUUCUCUGCAGAAAAAUAGCAAAGAUCCAGCUCCUGAGUUCUAUAAUAUUUACCUUGAGCGGCCAAAGGGCGAUGCUGAUGGGUAUGACUUAGUUGUUGUUGAUGCCAUGCAUAAGGCUAACUAUGCUAGUCGAAUAUGUCAUUCAUGCCGGCCUAAUUGCGAAGCAAAAGUUACAGCUGUUGAUGGUCAUUAUCAAAUUGGAAUUUAUACUGUUCGUAAAAUACAACAUGGUGAGGAGAUCACUUUUGAUUAUAAUUCUGUCACAGAGAGCAAGGAGGAAUAUGAGGCUUCAGUGUGUUUGUGUGGGAGCCAAGUUUGUAGGGGAAGUUAUUUGAAUCUGACUGGUGAAGGCGCUUUCCAGAAGGUGCUGAAAGAGUGGCAUGGAAUUCUUGAUCGUCAUUAUCUGAUGCUUGAAGCCUGUGAAUUGAAUUCUGUUUCUGAGGAGGAUUAUAAUGAUCUGGGAAGAGCUGGUUUAGGCAGUUGUUUGCUUGGUGGCCUGCCAGAUUGGCUAGUUGCAUAUGCAGCUCGCCUUGUGAGAUUCAUCAAUAUUGAAAGAACUAAACUUCCUGAGGAAAUUUUGAGGCAUAAUCUGGAAGAAAAAAGGAAAUAUUUUUCAGAUAUAUGUCUUGAAGUUGAGAGGAGUGAUGCAGAGGUUCAGGCUGAGGGUGUGUACAACCAAAGGCUGCAGAAUCUUGCUGUCACUCUUGAUAAGGUAAGGUAUGUUAUGAGAUGUAUUUUUGGUGAUCCACGGAAAGCACCACCUCCACUUGAAAAGCUCAGCCCUGAAGCAGCUGUUUCCCUCCUCUGGAAAGGAGAGGAGUCAUUUGUUGAGGAGCUUCUUCAGUGCUUGACUCCUCAUGUUGAAGAAGAUACUUUGAAUGAUCUCAAGUUGAAAAUCCACUCUCAUGAUCCUUCAGGUUCUGGAGAUAUUCAAAAAGAGCUCCAGAAAUCUCUAUUGUGGUUGAGGGAUGAGGUCAGAAAUCUUCCUUGUACAUACAAAAGUCGGCAUGAUGCUGCUGCUGACUUGAUUCAUAUUUAUGCUUAUACCAACUGCUUCUUUAGAGUACGGGAUUAUCAAGCUAUUACUUCUCCACCUGUCUAUAUUAGUCCACUUGACUUAGGUCCCAAGUAUGCUGACAAGCUGGGAACAGGAUUUCAGGAGUAUCGAAAGACAUAUGGUGAAAAUUAUUGUUUAGGGCAGCUAAUUUUUUGGUAUAACCAAAGUAAUGCAAAUCCAGAUAGUAAUCUGGCCAGAGCUCGCAGGGGUUGCUUGUCAUUGCCAGAUGUGGGUUCCUUUUAUGCAAAGGCUCAGAAGCCAUCACGGCAUCGUGUCUACGGUCCUAGAACUGUCAGAUCUAUGCUGGCAAGAAUGGAGAAGCAGCCGCAGAGACCCUGGCCGAAAGAAAAGAUAUGGUCAUUCAAAACUUCUCCGAAAUUUUUUGGCAGCCCAAUGUUAGAUUCUGUUAUAAAUAACACUCCACUGGACUGGGAAAUGGUUCAUUGGUUGAAGCACAGAAGAGCCGUAUUCCAUGCCAUGUGGGACAGAUGAAAUUUUGCGUAAGGUUUUGGGGAAGCUGACAGAGCCUUCUGGGCGGAACUCUUUAACAUUAGAAUAUGGAGUGGUACAUUCAAAGCUGCCUGCCUCUUUUAGCGUGGGGAGUAUGUAAUUAUUGAAUCCAAAUCAUUAUUUCUCGAGUCCUCUUUCUCCUCAUUCUUGUGUACAGUUUUUCUUGACCUUUGAUUUGUAAUUCAUUUGGUUUAGGGCAUUGUUUUACUCUUAUCUAAUAUGAAAUGAAAGGUGAAAAAAUGUCUAUUCCAGGCACUA